CUGUAGCCCUCAAUCCGCACUGACAAGACACUCCCUCUCAAACUGGACUCGACAAUUUCUUAUUCUCCCAACUUCUCUGCCUGUAACAUUGUGGCAUAUCAGACUAUCUCGUUCUUUCAAGCUUGAUACUUUUGUUUACACUGUAACAUAUCCUCUUAUCUAAACCCGUUUCUGAUACCUACCUUUUUCGCCUUCACUGGCCCCGUGUACCUGACUUAUAAAAAGCGAAGAACGGGCCAUCCUUGUCCGGCUCCAAUCCAGUCGUUUCCUUUGGACUCCCUCUUUUUUUGGUAAAUCCAAAUUCUUUUUCCGCAUGUUGGCGCGCCCGAGUCCAAGGUAGCACCCACAGUAUCACCCGGAUACACACAUCGCCCACACAAACCAGAGACAAUGACGACACCUCAAGAACAGGCCAUCGCCUUCAAGAACGAGGGCAACAAGGCCUUCGCCGCCCACGACUGGCCCAAGGCCGUCGAGUUUUACGACAAGGCCAUCGAGCUCAACGAUAAGGAGCCUACUUUCUGGUCCAACAGAGCCCAGGCCCAUCUCAAGACAGAAGCAUACGGAUAUGCCAUUCGCGAUGCCACAAAAGCCAUUGAGCUCAACCCGGGCUUCGUCAAGGCCUACUACCGCCGCGCUACCGCCUACGCCGCCAUCCUGAACCCCAAGGAAGCCGUCAAGGAUUUCAAGACCUGCGUCAAGAUCGCCCCCGAUAACAAGGAUGCCAAGCUCAAGCUUGUUGAGUGCGAGAAGAUUGUGCGCCAGCUCGCCUUCUUCGCCGCUAUCGAAGUCGGCGAUGAGCUGUCCGCCGCCGAGGGUCUCGAUGUCGAUUCCAUGGCCGUGGAUGCUUCCUACGACGGCGUGCGCCUGGAAGGGAAUGAGAUGACACAGGAGUUUAUCGACGACAUGAUCGAGCGCUUCAAGCACGGCAAACUGAUCCACAAGAAAUACGUUUACAAGAUCAUUAUCGCCGUCAGGAACAUUGUGUACAACGAGCCCACCAUGGUUGAGGUGGACAUCCCCGAGGACGUGCAGUUGACAGUCUGCGGUGAUACCCACGGCCAAUACUUCGAUUUGAUGGAGCUCUUCAGGUUGAACGGCUUCCCUACCGAUAAGCACUACUACCUGUUUAACGGCGACUUCGUCGACAGAGGCUCCUGGUCGACUGAGAUUGCCCUCCUCCUUUAUGCCUACAAGUGGUUGAGGCCAAACGGUUUCUUCAUCAACCGCGGAAACCACGAGACAGACGACAUGAACAGGGUGUAUGGCUUCGAGGGCGAGUGCAAGCACAAGUACAACGAGAGAACCUACAAGCUCUUCUCUGAAAGUUUCUCGGCCCUCCCGCUCGCCACCUUGAUCGGCAAGAAGUUCCUCGUCCUCCACGGCGGUCUCUUCUCGGACGACAACGUCACACUCGACGACAUCCGCAAGCUCGACCGCCACAAGCAGAAGCAGCCCGGCCAGGCUGGUCUCAUGAUGGAGAUGCUCUGGACAGAUCCCCAGCCAUUCCCCGGUCGCGGCCCCAGCAAGCGCGGUGUCGGCAUGCAGUUCGGUCCCGACGUUACCAAGCGUUUCUGCGACAAGAACGGCUUGGAGGCCAUCAUCCGCAGUCACGAGGUGCGCAUGGACGGCUAUGAGGAGGAGCACGACGGAAAGUGCAUCACCGUCUUCUCGGCGCCCAAGUACUGCGACAUGACGGAGAACAAGGGCGCUUACAUCAACAUUGGCCCUGAUUACAAGUUGAAGUUCUCGCAAUUCGAUGCCGUGCCGCAUCCUAACAUUAAGCCCAUGGUGAGUCCCCUUAAACCCCCCUUUCACUACCGUUACUGGCCCAGGCUAACCCCUUUCUCUCUAGGCGUAUGCGCAAAGCUCCGUCAUGUCGUCGCUGAUGUAAAAGUUGGAUGUAUUUGUAUAGCACAACAGAAAAUAAAACGGCGUGAAUACCUCGGGCUGCUGUGUAGAUUGGGCAUGUUUUGCAGGGAGCAUGUUUCUGUUUUGGCUUUUGAUUGCAUGUGAUUAGGCGUCGCGCGCAGGAGUAUCGGGGGCAUGGUGCUAGGGUUCUUGUCUUGA